GUUUACUUUUCGAUUAGCAAAGCAGGUUAGCACGUCAAAAGACAUUCUAAGAAGUUUACUUAAAUUAUAAGUGCACAAGGUUUAAGAUUGACGCACCGUUUGGUUUUACCGUUACCAAAAAGAUUUUGAAGUCAAGAAAUCGUCAACAUGGAGGAAGAUAAGAUACCAUACAUAUUAAACGGUGAUAUUUUUCGCAUCGAAUGUCGAAAUGGCGAUAAUGUGACUGUCCGAUGCCUUUAUUGUAAACGUAAACAUCGCGGUAGUAUACGCUUUACAGGCAAUUUUACAAGGCACAUCAAGCGUUCUCAUCCAGAUUUGCUUGACAAAAUGCGUGAAAUGAAAAAGGCAAGGUCUGUAGAACUCGCUGAAAAAAGAAAGGAGAGAAAACGACUCAAAAAAAUGGGGCAAUCUAGAAACGACGACUAUGAAGUCGUCGAUGAUGCUGCGUCCUCCUCACCUAUUGAGCAACAACCUCUAGAAGUGAACUUCAUAAUCUAUGAAGAUGCUGCGUCCACCUCGUCUAUUGAUCAACAAUAUCCAGACGACGACUUCGAGUUCUAUGAGGAUGCUGAGGAACAACUCUUAGAAGAUCAAGAUGAAGUCGUAACAGCAAGCUUACUACAUGAAUUGCGAUCUUUGCCAGAAAGCAAAGCAAAGCUACUGCGGGAUCGUUUACAGAAAAUAGUAUUACAAGUCCGUAGAGAUCGGGAAGAAGCUGUUGUCGGUUUUAAGGAUAAAAAAUAAAUUCUUUAUAUAUUAAUAU